AUGGCGACCUUCACCUCGGUAGUCGAGGCCAUAAUGACGCCAUCCCCCACCGUCAUCAUAACGGGCCUCCUGAUCCUCUUCAUUCCCUCCAUCAUCCUGCACUUUAUCCUCUCCUCGUCGCGGACGUACACGUCCCCCCCCGCCGUCCUCCUCCUCGGUCCGGAGGGGGCAGGCAAGACCAGUCUCCUCACCCUGUUCGAGCGCGGUGACGACGGUCCGGCCGCCACCCAUACCACUCAGUCCACCCAGUCGGUCGAGCUCAACGCUUCGGUCGACUCCGACUCCCGCACCAGCUUCCGCAACCACGAUGACACGACGGGCACCUACACCAAGUUCCUCCUCAUCGACACCCCCGGGCACGGAAAGCUGCGCAACGUCGCCGAGGGCAAGCUCCGGCGUACCGAGAAGCUUCGCGCCGUCGUCUUCGUCGUCGACGCCUCCGCCCUAGGUGAGCAGGACGUAUUGUCCGUCACGGCCUCGUACCUCCACGACCUGCUCCUCUCCCUGCAGCGUCGCACCGCCGCCACCGGCGACAAGAACAAGCCCUCCGGCCCCGUGCCCGUCCUCAUUGCCGCCAACAAGAUGGACCUCUUCACCGCCCUGCCCGCUACGAUGGUCAGGUCUAGCCUCGAGGCUGAGCUGUCGCGCAUCCGCACCUCCCGCAGCAAAGGUCUGCUCGACUCCGGUGUCGGAGCUGACGAUGUGGGCAGCGAGGAGCAGGAUGCCUGGCUGGGUCAGUACGGCACCGAAAAGUUCUCCUUCAAGCAGAUGCAGGAGUUUGGCAUCAACGUCGAGAUCCUGCCUGGAAACGUCAAGGGUGAUGGACCCGGGGCUGAAAAGUGGUGGUGGUGGAUUGCUCAGAAGAUAUAA